UUCCAGCUGAAAGCCGAGUUUCGCUUUGAGUUCGAAGAUUUAACCAGGAGAAGACCAAAAAGAACCAAUCGAUAAACGAAAGAACCGUUCCGUUUCGAGUUGGAAGAAAGUGGAAACUGAAAGUGAAUUGAAUCUCUGUUCCUGCGUGUCACCGUGUUGCGAAACCGUUAAAACUGCCGCUCCCAAACAUUCGCUGCGAUGGCCACCUCAUCGAUACUCGCCAAAAGCACAAUUAACAGCACAUCGCCACCGGCCACGCCCAGCAGCACCGCCUCCUCCUCCCCCGUCGUAGUCGCCUCCACAUUGACCACCCGGAAGCGGACCUACGAGACAGCCAUUGCCAUGCCCUCGUCCACCAAGGGAUCGGCGGAGGUCCUGGAUCAGCGCACAAAUAGCCCCGCAAAGUCCAAAUCGAAUGGGGUUGGUGGGGGUCAGCUAGAGAGCGUCCUCGUGGUCAGCGAGGGAGGAGCCAGUGAGCCCACCACUGCGGCCACCACCCUGCGGGACAGCACGCGAACCAUCUCACAGAGCGACGCCGACGAUGGUGGCGAAGCGGCAGCCGCCGAGGACCUGCUGCCCACCAUCGCCGCCGGCGCCUCCACGUCGGAUUACCUCAGCGGCGUCAAGCGCAAGUACGUGCCGCAGCAGCAGACGUCGCCCGAGCCCCUGGUGGUUCCCGCCUCCACCUCGCAGCAGUUCUUCAACGGCAGCGGUGCCUCCGAUUUUGCGACCAUUUGCAAGCCGGCGCCCUUUUCCCACGACGAGGAGGCCAUGUUGGAGCGCGAGCGCUGCGACUACACUAAGCGGAUCACCUACCAAAUGGCCCGCUCCGGCCAGACGAACCGCCGCGUGAGGGUCUACGCCGAUGGCAUCUACGACCUGUUCCACCAGGGCCAUGCCCGCCAGCUAAUGCAGGCCAAGAACAUCUUUCCCAACGUGUACUUAAUCGUGGGCGUGUGCAACGAUGAGCUGACCCAUCGCAUGAAGGGACGCACCGUGAUGAACGGCUUCGAGCGAUACGAGGGAGUGCGUCACUGCCGCUAUGUGGAUGAGAUUGUCCAGAAUGCACCGUGGACGCUGUCCGAUGAUUUCAUAGCCGACAACAAAAUCGAUUUCGUGGCCCACGACGACAUUCCGUAUGGAACCGAUGGCAUGGACGACAUCUAUGCUCCGCUAAAGGCGCGCGGCAUGUUUGUGGCCACCGAGAGAACCGAGGGCGUGUCCACCUCGGACAUUGUGGCGCGGAUUGUGAAGGAUUAUGAUCUGUAUGUGCGCCGCAAUCUGGCCAGAGGCUAUUCGGCCAAGGAGCUGAACGUUUCGUUCUUGUCCGAGAAGAAAUUCCGGCUGCAGAACAAGAUGGACGAGCUGAAAUCGCGCGGCAAGCGGGAGCUGAGCAAGGUGAAGGUGGACAUCAUCACCAAGUGGGAGGAGAAGUCACGCGAGUUCAUCGACCAUUUCCUGCUGCUCUUCGGACGCGAGAACCUCAAUCACUUGUGGAACGAGUCGAAGGGCAAGCUGCUGCAGGCGCUCAGUCCGCCGGGCAGUCCGUCGGGAUCGGUGAAUGGCGAUGAUACGGAGGGCGGCGAGGACUUUAGCGAAACUAUUGACGACUACCUGGCCGAGAAGCUAAGCGAGGGCAGUGGCAGCAGUGGCUCCCUGAAUGGCAAACAGAAGCGCUCCUCCCUGGCCCGUCGCAGUUACCAGAGUCUGCAGAGCCGAUCACCGGAGUUAGUGGAUGCGGAUGGCGAGGAGGAUGCGGAGUACGAGCGGCGCAGCGAUUGAUUCUAGUGCGGGACAGCAGCCCGACCUUUUCUUCUUCUCUUACUGUCUUUGAAGCUAUUGUAAAUUGACUUGUUUGCAACUAGUUCGAUGGGCACUCGCAAUCUAGAGUUGCCCCAGGAUCGCCACUCGCAGGCU